AUGGCCAACCCUCUAAGAAGAUUGCUACCAAUUGCGAUUCUAUGGGUUUUAAUCAUUUUCGGCACUCUCGCUCUCAUUCUGAAUCGGUUAAGCGAUGCGGGGGUUUCAUCAUAUCAAAAGCCAAUUAGUGACGCCAGUGAGCUGGAAGCUUUGGAGGAUGUUGAUCAAGUGACACAUAAAGUUUAUUUCGACAUUAACAUAAAUGGAAAGCACAUUGGUCGUAUUGUGAUGGGCCUCUUUGGGAAAACCGUACCUCGGACUGCAGAAAAUUUUCGAGCUCUUUGCACAGGGGAGAAAGGAACUGGAACAAGUGGGAAGCCCCUUCAUUUCAAAGGGAGCAAAUUCCAUAGGAUCAUACCAAGCUUUAUGAUCCAAGGAGGUGACUUCACUCGGGGAGAUGGCCGUGGUGGGGAAUCAAUUUAUGGUAACAGAUUUCCUGAUGAGAACUUCAAGUUGAAGCACACUGGUCCUGGAGUUCUCUCGAUGGCAAACUCUGGAGUCGAUAGCAAUGGAUCUCAGUUUUUCAUUACCACUGUGACAACAAGCUGGUUGGAUGGGCAUCACGUCGUAUUUGGGAAAGUGUUGUCGGGUAUGGAUGUGGUGAAGAUGAUCGAGUCUCAGGGCAGACAAAGUGGGACUCCCAAAAGCACAGUUAUCAUCUCAGACAGCGGUGAACUGCCGUUGUGA